UAUACCUAUCGGAGGUACUGUGAAUACAGCAAGAGCAACUGCCAACAAUACACCCCACCAAGGUCAUUAUAUGAAAGUUCCUCCAAGAAGUAUGUUCAAAUCACAAAUAUGGGGUACAUUUGUUGGCAUAAUUAUAAACUAUUGGGCAUUGAAUAUUAUAAUCAAUAAGAAAAGAAUGUACCUUGAUGGUACAAAAUCUGAUCCGAGUGGCCAGUGGACUGGCUUUAAAUCAGAGAUAUUUAAUACUGCAUCUAUAGUGUGGGGAUUAAUUGGACCAGAAAGGACUUUCGGACCUGGCUCAAUUUAUUAUAUACUCCUAUGGGGCUUUUUAAUUGGUGGCUUUUUACCAAUACCAUUUUACUUACUUCAUCGAAAGUUUCCAAAGGCAAAAUUUAACCUUGUGAAUAUUCCCGUGAUAUUUCAUGGUCUAACAUUUUUCCCCUCAACUUUACCAAAUUUCAUAAUUACUGGAUUUAUUGUUAGUUUUUUGAGUCAGUUUUAUGCAUUUCGUUAUAGGUAUAAGUAA